CACAGCUGCCCCACAGUGUAUUUAAUGUGAGAGACAGGAGAGGCACAUUAACCCACACAGGCAACCGUACCGUUCAACUGAGAUGACCUUUGGGUCCCUCAUUAUCUGGAAUCAUGAUGAAAUUGAUCAGUGUUGCCAUUGUUGCAGGACUGUUUUUUGAAAGCAACCAGCAGUCCAAUGGUGUGCCUUAUGCAGUGGGACCGACUUACAGUACACAAUGCUGGACAGACUGGUUCGACAGAGACAACCCCUCUGGAAAUGGAGACUGGGAAAACCUCUCCAAUCUUCGCAAAGAGAACCCAGGGAAGAUCUGCGCUAAACCACUGGGUAUUGAAGCCAGAACUCUACUUGGACUCAGUCCAGCUGCAGCAGGGGAGAUUAUUUACAAGAGUGACACAACUUCAGGAUUCAUCUGCAGAAACAAGGACCAGUGCAAGAAGAAAGGGUGUAGUGACUAUCGUGUUCGUUUCAGCUGCCCCAUCUCUUUCUGUAAUGGAGAAGAUCCUCGUCCAAAAUGCUGGACAGACUGGUUUGACAGAGACAACCCCUCUGGAAAUGGAGACUGGGAAAACCUCUCCAAUCUUCUCACAGAGAACCCAGGGAAGAUCUGCUCUAAACCACUGGCUAUUCAGGCCAGAACUCUAUCUGGACUCAGUGCAGCUGAAGUAGGGGAUGUGAUUCAUAAGAGUGACACAGCUUCAGGAUUCAUCUGCAGAAAUGAGGACCAAUCCAAAAACACGAUGUGCAAUGACUACCGUGUUCGUUUCCGCUGCCCGUCUUCGUUCUGUGAUGGAGGAGGCCCUGGUCCAAGAUGCUGGACAGACUGGUUUGACAGAGACAACCCCUCUGGAAAUGGAGACAGGGAAAGCCUCUCAAAACUUCGCAAAGAGAACCCAGGGAAGAUCUGCCCUAAACCACUGGCUAUUCAGGCCAGAACUCUAUCUGGACUCAGUGUAGAGGAAGCAGGGGAUGUGAUUCAUAAGAGUGACACAACUUCAGGAUUCAUCUGCAGAAACCAGGACCAAUCCAAGAAAAAGAAGUGUAAUGAUUAUCGUGUUCGCUUCAGAUGUCCUUCGUCUUUCUGUGAUGAUGGAGGCCCUGGUCCAAGAUGCUGGACAGACUGGUUUGACAGAGACAACCCCUCUGGAAAUCAAGACAGGGAAAGCCUCUCAGAACUUCGCAAAGAGAACCCAGGGAAGAUCUGCGCUAAACCACUGGCUAUUCAGGCCAGAACUCUAUCUGGACUCAGUGUAGAGGAAGCAGGGGAUGUGAUUCAUAAGAGUGACACAACUUCAGGAUUCAUCUGCAGAAACAAGGACCAGUCUAAGAAUAAGAAGUGUAAUGAUUAUCGUGUUCGCUUCAGAUGUCCUUCGUCUUUCUGUGAUGAUGGAGGCCCUGGUCCAAGAUGCUGGACAGACUGGUUUGACAGAGACAACCCCUCUGGAAAUCAAGACAGGGAAAGCCUCUCAGAACUUCGCAAAGAGAACCCAGGGAAGAUCUGCCCUAAACCACUGGCUAUUCAGGCCAGAACUCUAUCUGGACUCAGUGUAGAGGAAGCAGGGGAUGUGAUUCAUAAGAGUGACACAACUUCAGGAUUCAUCUGCAGAAACAAGGACCAGUCUAAGGAUAAGAAGUGUAAUGAUUAUCGUGUUCGCUUCAGAUGUCCUUCGUCUUUCUGUGAUAGAAGAGUUUCCCGCCAGUCAUCCAGCCUCCCUGCAGUGUGCUGGACCAAGUGGUAUGACCGGGACGAUCCCAGUGGAACAGGGGACUGGGAACUUUUGAGUACCCUGAAGAAAGAAAACCCAGGACAAAUCUGUGACAGCCCUCUGCAGAUUGAGGCUGUUACCACUGACGACAUGACCCCAGCCGUCUCCACAGGGGAGAUCUUCUUCAGCUACAGCCCAAUUAAGGGAUUUGUUUGCCGCCAAGAGGACCAAAAAUCCCAUAAGUGCCGUGACUACAAAGUUCGAUUCAGAUGCCCAUGCAAAUGAUGACGCUCUGACUCCACAGCCGACGCAAGAAGCAUAAGAAGAGACAAUGCUCAAAUUUAUCUCACUGAAAUUUGUCUGAUUUUUCUUACAGUGCUUGAUGAGAGAAGUAUAACAGGCCUUUUUCACAGCAGACAUUUUGACUUAUACAAAAAGCAAAGAUGUUACAAGUAACAUUAACAACGGCUCUGUUUUAUUCAAGUGUCCCAGUGAAUCAUAACAGUGCGAGUGAGUGCGAGCCAGCAUGUGUGAUACCAGCCUAAGCAGCUAAAUGGAAUCCAUCCAUAGUUAACUGUAUUAUUUACGCCCGUGCUUUUCUCAACAUGACAAGCCAAAAUAUCCCCUGUAGGAAAAGGCCUAUUAUGUGCUUUAUCAGGCUAUCUUUUUAUUUCUAUUGAGUAUGAAAUCAUGGUGCUGUAUUGGUAAUUAAUCAACUGUAAGCGGCAAUAAAACCACUAAUAAACAGCAAA